UGUUGGACUGAAGGUUUACCGGAUACACAGGAUCAGAGCGCCUCAGAGCAGCCAGUGGUGUCUGUUUCUGCAGGUGAUUAAACGUGUGGAAUGAGGACAUAAUCAAAAUGCUGGCGUCUGCAGAGCCCACUGUCUAUCAGUCCCUCAGACUCCCUCAGAGUCCUGGUCCAGAUCGUCUCCGUCUUGCAGCUCUCCGUCUCUCCUCGCCACUCUGUCCUCGUCCCGCCAUGCCCGGCAGCCAGACCCAGACCCGGUCCCGGGCCAGGGAUCGCAACAACGUCCUGAACCGGCCCGAGUUUCUGUCCCUGAACCAGCCCCCCCGCCGGGAGCCGGGGCCGGGGGAGGGCCGGGGGUCUGGCCCCCGGAGGCCCAGCAGGCAGCAGAGUCAGCAGGAGGACGCCACAGGGAGGGGGUCCAGGGACUCCUCUGAGGGGGGCUCAGCUGAUGGGGGUCUGAAGGACGGGUCCCGGUUCCCAGAGCAGGACUGCAUGCAGCUGAACCCGUCUUUUCGAGGCAUCGCCGUUAGCUCACUGCUUGCCAUCGACAUCAGCCUGUCCAAGCGCCUGGGCGUGUGUGCGGGGACUCGGGGGUCCGGUGCCCCGCUGCGGUCCAUGGUGACCCUGCUGGCGUUGAGCGGCCAUGCGCUGCCCUGGUUGCUGGGGACCCUGAUCUGUCUCUGGAGGAGCAGCACACUGGCCGGACAGGAAGUCCUCGUCAACCUGCUGCUGGCGCUGCUCCUCGACCUGAUGACGGUGGCCGGCCUGCAGAAGCUGGUGAAGCGGCGGGGACCGUGGGACUUCCCUGUCGGCUUCCUGGACUACAUCGCCAUGGACCGCUACUCGUUCCCAGCGGCGCACGCCAGUCGCGCUGCCAUGGUGUCCAAGUUCCUGCUGAACCACCUGGUGCUGGCGGUGCCCCUGAGGAUCCUGCUGUACCUGUGGGCGGUGCUGGUGGCCGUGUCCCGGGUGUUGCUGGGGAAACAUCACCUGUCAGACGUUGGCUGCGGCUUCGCGCUUGGCUUCCUGCACUUCAGCCUGGUGGAGUCCGUCUGGCUGGACUCAGCCUCCUGCCAGACCCUGAUCUCCAUCGGCUCGCUGCGCUGGACUCCGCUGGUCUGAACCGGUCCGGACCAGUCGACUGGGGGUCUGGCUGGUUUGGAACCUGGUCCUGCUGGACGCUUCGGGUUUACGUCGGGUUUAUGUCCACUGAGGGGACGGACUCUGUCAUGACCCGCUGCAGACUGUGGUCUGGUUGAUGUUAAUCACAUUAUGUCCGAACCACAGAGACGUCUGAAGUUAAUUUAGACGCUUGAAACUGAACGUGUGUGUGAGACUUAGGCCUCCUUCAGGGAGUUACUGAAACGUCCAAAAUGAGAAAGUUUCUGUUCUGGAUUUGUUUUCUGAUUCCGUGACUGAGCGGAGGGACAGCUGGAUGUGUUUAGAUGUGGCCCUUAGAAUAUAAAAGAUUGAUUCAUCGUAUCUAAAGGUGGGUCCACCUGCAGGACACAGAGAGGACAUUGGUCUGACACAGAGGAGCCGGGCCCUCUGGUCCUCUCAUCCUCUGGGUCCUCUGGUCUUCUGGUCCCCUGGGGGCCUCUGGUCCUCUGUGGGUCCUGUACGGAUAAUAAGGUCAAAGGUCAUUCUGCGGAUCAGAUGCUGUAAAGAAAGUAUAUUAUAUUUAAAGAUGAAAGCUGUUGAGGGUCCCUGGACAGCUGCAGAACAUAAAUGGAAGUCCCUAAAAGUGGCCUAAGUAAAUGUGUGUAUUUUCUCAGUUUGUUGAACAGCUUUUAUUUUACUGCCGUAGCCAUGACGACGAAACAGUGACAUCAUGCGACAAAUCAUAAAAAACGAAAUCUGAAGUCGAUGAUUCAUUUUAUUUAUUUUAUUUGUACGAUGAAAAUAAAUUGAAUUUUGACUUUUCAGAACAAAACUGAGAUUUCUGUUUCUAUAAACCGUUUCAUGACAGCUAGUGUUAUCCGGUGUUAGCUAGUGUUAGCUUGUGUUAGCUCGUCAGCAGCUCAUGAAGGAAGAAAAACAGAUUCAUAAAUUUAAAUCUCACUGAAAGUUCAACCAGAAGAAACAAAACAAACUGAAAACAAGCACACUUACACCUAUAAAGUGCUAAGCUAAUGGAGCUAACCUAACAGAGCUAAUGUGUGCUAAUUAGUAAAACAGGAAGUGAAGCUGGAGUUUGGAUUAUUUAAUCAUCAGAAAAUAAAAAAACAAUAUUGUUGAAUAUUAUUUAGAGUUAAAGUUAAUUUAUCUCUUGUUCGAACAUUUAAAAGCUUCUGUUAAAGACAAACAUCACAAAUCACCUGAGAACAGGACGAGCAGCUGCUACAGGCCACGCCCCCCUACAGCUUCUACAGACCACGCCCCCUACAGGUGCUA